CAAGCAAAGAGCAACAAAAAUGACAUUUAAAUGAUAAAUUUCAUGUGGUGGAAUGUGUGGACUAUAAUCACGGAUACAAUAAAUUGUGAACUCACAAAUUAUCUUGAAGUGAUGUAAAGAUUUCUUCUAAUAUUAUAAAAGAUUAGCAAUGGCUGGACGAGGAGAGAGAGGUGUAUCGCGAGUUUUAGAUAAAUUAGAAGCAUCCGUCAAUUCGGGUCAAUAUUACGAGGCACAUCAAAUGUAUAGAACACUUUAUUUCAGAUAUUUAAGCCAGAAGAAGUACCCUGAACUAUUAAAUUUACUAUAUAAAGGAUCGACACUUUUGCUACAACGCGACCAACAAGGCAGUGGUGCCGAUUUGGCAAUACUUUUAAUAGAUGUUUUAACGAAAUCAGAAACAAAACCUUGUCAAGAAUGGAUAGAGAAAAUAGCAAAGUUAUUUGAACUAAUGAACUCUAGUAUUCCUGAGCGGGAAAGCUUCCUUACAAACGCUGUGAAGUGGUCAAUGGAUAAUAAUAAAAAGGGUCAUCCUCUUCUUCAUAAGAAAAUAGCAGAAGUGUAUUGGCAGGAAAAGAAAUAUACAUCAGCACAUAGACACUUCCUACACUCAAGCGAUGGGGCAGCUUAUGCUAGCAUGCUAAUAGAGUUGCACACAACUAAGGGUCUGAAGUCAGAAAUAGACUUAUUUAUAGCUCAGGCUGUGCUACAGUGUCUUUGCUUGCGUAAUAUACAAAUGGCCAGCGAAGCGUUUAAUAAAUACACAGGUUCACACCCUACGAUAAAAAAUGAUAAAGGCCCACCAUACCUGUUGCCAUUACUAAAUUUCCUAUGGUUCCUUUUAAGGGCUGUUGAACAGAAACAUGUCAUCCAAUUUAAAAUACUAAGAAACUGUUAUGCUAUAAGUAUAAAACGAGAUCCAAAUUACUCUGUGUAUCUAGACACUAUUGGCCGUAUAUGGUUUGGAAUAGAAAUACCACAGGAUAGUAGGAAUUCAAAUUCUGUGUUUGGUGGACUUCUUAAAUCUAUUAUAGGAGAUGUAGAUGUUGAUUCUUCAGAUGAAGAUGGGGACUUUAUGGCUAACUGUGCAUCAGUUCCCGACUUAGAUUAGAGUGUGCAUGUUUCAGUAAAUAAAAAAUACUAACUACAAUUAGUUAUACAUAGAGAUAACUUUAAUGGGAAGAUUAAAUUUGUAUAUUUGGUGGAAGGUCAGGUGGCACAUGUGCUGAAAAGUUUAUGUGAACUAUGAGUGAUUUGUUUUUAUUAAAUAGGAACUUUGAAGUAAAUGCUACAUCACCAACAUAUUUGUAGCCCCAUUACAACUUCAGAACUUAGAUCAUAAAGCCACUGUCGUAUAAUACAUAUAGUGUAUGUUUAUAACAAAAAUGUUUUAAAUAAUUGUAUCAUAUAGAUUAAUAACAUACUACAAUCACUUGUUCUUUGGUUUUUCUAUUUAUUAAAUAUUAUUUACAUACAUUUGUA